CUCGGCGAAGCGUGAGCCGCCAUCACAAGUCCUGGCGGCUGGGCCCCGGCCGGCCUCCCACCUCCCCCUCCCCGGUGGGGCACCGGUGACAGGUUGGGUUUGUGUUGACCCGUCCCGUCUGGCCCUUGGAGCCGUGGGCCUCUGAGAGCGGGACGAGAAGUUCGGACCGACCAACUCCGGGGCGGACAGACGGACCGGCGGGCUGCCCAGGUGACGGCACGGCGGGGGCGGUGCCCAGGGCCGCGCCCCGCCCCUCGCAGGCCAGCGCCCAGAGCCCGCGGCCCGUGCCCGUUUCCAGUAUGGCCGCCCGCCGUGCUUGACCCGCGGCCUCUCAGCUUCGACUCCCCGUGGGCGAUGCUGAGGCGGAGGCCGUGACUGACACUCUCGCUCACACGCACGCACGGACCCAGACCCACGUCCGGAGCCCGAGCCCUGGGCCCGGAACCGCUGUCUCCCCCCGGCUCCGCGGCCAGAUCCCGGACCACGGCUCCCGCGCCGCCGCCGCCGCCUAGCCGACAAGGACCGCGCCGGACCUCGAGCGCGGCGGCCCCCGGCCGGCAGGGAUGGGGAAGCGGGCCGGAGAAGGAGCAGCGGGAUCCGCCGCCGCUGCCUCCACGUCCGCCGUGGCCGGUCUGGAGCCCGCGGCCGGCCGCGGCGGGGGCCCGCGGAGCGCAGCCGCCGGCCUCCUGGGAGCGCUGCACCUGGUGAUGACCCUCGUCGUGGCCGCGGCGCGGGCCGAGAAGGAAGCAUUUAUUCAGUCGGAGAGCAUAAUAGAAGUGCUGCGUUUUGAUGAUGGAGGGCUUCUACAGACUGAGACAACUCUUGGACUCAGUUCACACCAACAGAAGAGUAUAUCUCUGUACCGGGGUAAUUGCAGACCUAUACGGUUUGAGCCACCGAUGCUGGAUUUCCAUGAACAACCAGUUGGAAUGCCAAAAAUGGAAAAAGUUUACUUACAUAAUCCUAGUUCUGAAGAAACUAUUACUUUAGUAUCAAUAUCUGCUACAACAUCACAUUUUCAUGCAUCAUUUUUUCAAAAUAGGAAAAUUCUUCCAGGAGGAAAUACAUCAUUUGAUGUAGUUUUUCUUGCAAGAGUAGUGGGAAAUGUAGAAAAUACUUUAUUUAUUAAUACAUCUAAUCAUGGGGUAUUCACUUACCAGGUAUUUGGUGUUGGAGUUCCAAAUCCAUACCGAUUGAGGCCAUUCCUUGGGGCCAGAGUCCCUGUGAAUAGCAGUUUCUCACCUAUAAUAAACAUACACAAUCCUCACAGUGAGCCUUUACAGGUUGUAGAAAUGUACUCUAGUGGAGGAGACCUUCACCUUGAACUUCCCACAGGGCAGCAGGGAGGCACCAGGAAGCUGUGGGAAAUUCCUCCUUAUGAAACCAAGGGAGUGAUGAGAGCCAGUUUUUCGUCUAGAGAAGCAGAUAAUCACACAGCUUUCAUAAGAAUAAAGACAAAUGCUUCAGACAGCACAGAGUUUAUCAUCCUUCCGGUUGAAGUGGAAGUUACAACAGCUCCUGGAAUUUAUUCCUCAACUGAAAUGCUAGAUUUUGGUACACUGCGAACACAAGAUCUACCAAAAGUUUUAAAUCUUCAUUUAUUAAAUUCAGGAACAAAAGAUGUGCCAAUAACUAGUGUUCGACCUACCCCACAAAAUGAUGCUAUCACGGUACACUUUAAACCAAUUACAUUAAAAGCUUCAGAAAGUAAAUAUACCAAGGUAGCAAGUAUUAGUUUUGAUGCAUCAAAGGCAAAAAAACCAUCUCAGUUUUCUGGGAAAAUAACUGUGAAAGCAAAGGAAAAGAGUUAUUCUAAACUUGAAAUACCUUAUCAAGCAGAGGUUUUAGAUGGUUAUUUGGGAUUUGAUCACGCUGCAACAUUAUUUCACAUUCGAGACAGCCCUGCUGAUCCUGUGGAAAGGCCAAUUUACCUUACUAACACUUUCAGCUUUGCGAUCCUCAUUCAUGAUGUGUUGCUACCAGAAGAAGCCAAAACAAUGUUUAAAGUUCACAACUUCAGCAAACCAGUCUUAAUUCUUCCAAAUGGAUCAGGCUACAUUUUUACUCUAUUUUUUAUGCCAUCCACAUCAUCCAUGCACAUAGAUAACAAUAUUUUACUUAUUACCAAUGCCUCUAAGUUUCACUUACCUGUGCGGGUAUAUACAGGUUUUUUAGAUUACUUUGUAUUACCCCCCAAAAUAGAAGAACGUUUCAUAGAUUUUGGUAUACUGAGUGCAACAGAAGCAAGUAAUAUUUUAUUUGCCAUUAUAAACAGCAAUCCAAUUGAGUUGGCUAUAAAAAGCUGGCAUAUUAUAGGAGAUGGUUUAUCAAUAGAACUCGUAGCUACUGAAAGAGGCAAUAGAACUACAAUCAUUUCAAGCCUUCCAGAGUUUGAAAAAUCCUCUCUAUCAGACCAGUCAUCAGUAAUACUAGCUUCAGGAUAUUUUGCAGUGUUCAGAGUCAAACUUACCGCAAAAAAACUGGAAGGAAUUCAUGAUGGGGCUAUACAGAUCACGACAGACUAUGAGAUCCUAACAAUUCCCGUGAAGGCUGUGAUCGCAGUGGGUUCUCUGACUUGCUUCCCAAAGCACAUGGUUCUUCCACCUUCCUUUCCAGGGAAAAUAGUUCAUCAGAGUUUAAAUAUUAUGAAUUCCUUCUCACAGAAGGUAAAGAUCCAACAGAUACGAUCUUUGUCAGAAGACGUGCGUUUUUACUACAAACGAUUGCGGGGCAAUAAGGAAGACUUGGAGCCAGGGAAAAAAUCAAAGAUUGCAAACAUUUACUUUGAUCCUGGAUUGCAGUGCGGGGAUCAUUGCUAUGUCGGCUUGCCUUUUCUGUCCAAAUCUGAACCCAAAGUCCAGCCUGGCAUAGCCAUGCAGGAAGAUGCCUGGGACACCGACUGGGAUUUGCAUCAAAGCCUGUUCAAGGGAUGGAUGGGAAUAAAGGAAAACUCAGGUCACAGAUUGAGUGCUAUGUUUGAAGUAAAUACAGACCUUCAGAAAAACAUCCUGUCAAAAGUUUCUGCCGAACUCUCCUGGCCGUCCCUCCUCAGCUCCCCCCGGCUCGUGAGGUUCCCCCUCACUAAUACAAACUGCUCUUCAGAAGAAGAGAUUAUGUUAGAAAACCCUGCAGAUGUUCCCAUCUAUAUUCAGUUUAUCCCCCUGGCUUUAUAUUCCAGCCCUUCCAUCUUUGUAGAUAAGUUAAUAUCAAGGUUUAAUUUAAGUAAGGUGGCAAAGAUUGAUUUAAGAACACAAGAAUUCCAAGUCUUCAGAAACAGUGCUCACCCACUGCAGAGUUCAACAGGAUUCACAGAGGGCCUCUCCCGACACUUAGUUUUAAACUUAAUUUUAAAACCUGGAGAAAAGAAAUCUGUCAAAGUAAAGUUUACUCCAGUUCACAAUAGAACUGUUUCUUCCCUAAUCAUAAUCAGGAAUAACCUGACUGUGAUGGAUGCUGUGAUGGUCCAAGGACAGGGGGCAACCGAGAACUUGAGGGUGGCGGGCAAGCUUCCGGGCCCGGGGAGCUCCUUACGCUUCAAGGUCACAGAAGCGCUGCUGAAAGACUGUACAGAGGGUAUGAGACUAAGGGAACCCAAUUUCACAUUGAAGAGAACAUUUAAAGUAGAGAACACAGGACAACUUCCAAUUCACAUAGAAACCAUUGAAGUCAGUGGGUACUCCUGUGAGGGAUAUGGCUUUAAAGUCAUCAAUUGUCAAGAGUUUGCACUAAGCGCCAAUGCCUCUAAAGACAUAGUCAUUCUGUUUACUCCUGAUUUCACAGCUUCCAGAGUCAUCCGUGAACUGAAGUUUAUAACAGCCAGUGGCUCUGAGUUUGUGUUUGUAUUGAAUGCAUCCCUUCCUUACCAUAUGUUAGCAACCUGUGCAGAAGCCCUGCCCAGGCCCAACUGGGAGCUGGCUCUGUACAUCAUCAUCUCAGGAAUAAUGAGUGCACUGUUUCUUUUGGUAAUUGGAACAGCCUAUUUAGAAGCUCAAGGAAUUUGGGAGCCCUUCCGAAGGCGGCUGUCCUUUGAGGCCUCAAACCCACCCUUUGAUGUGGGGAGACCAUUUGAUCUCAGGAGAAUCGUUGGCAUUUCAUCUGAAGGAAACUUGAACACGCUGAGCUGUGACCCCGGUCACAGCCGGGGCUUCUGUGGAGCAGGCGGCUCGGCCUCCCGGCCCGGCGCAGGAAGCCACAAGCAGUGUGGCCCGUCGGUCCACCCGCACAGCAGUCACAGCAGUAGAAGCUCGGCUGACGUGGAAAACGUCAGAGCCAAAAACAGCGCGAGUGCCUCCGGCAGGACUAACGCCCAGUCGGCGAGCAAAGCCAGCCCGCUGGUCUUCGAGUCCCACUCCGUGGCCCAGGGUCACAGCGCAGGCCGGAAGUCCAAGGGGGCCAGGCAGGGCCAGCACGGCGGCCAGCCCCACGGCCACGGCCCCCUGGAGCAGCACUCGCCCCCGCCGCCGCCAGUGCCUCAGCACCAGGGGCCGCAGCCCGAGAGGCUGUCCCCCGCGCCCCCGCCCCCCCCAGAGCUCCCCGGCAGCUCCCGGCACAGCUCCGAGGACUCGGACAUCACCAGUCUCAUCGAAGCCAUGGACAAGGACUUCGAGCACCACGAUGCCCCACCCCUAGAUGUGUUUACAGAGCAGCCGCCUUCACCGUUGUCAAAAAGCAAAGGGAAAGGAAAGCCUCCUCAGCGCAAGGUGAAGCCCCCCAAGAAGCAGGAGGAGAAGGAGAAGAAGGGAAAGGGGAAGCCCCUGGAAGACGAGCUGAAGGACUCCUUGGCUGACGACGACAGCUCUUCCACCACCACAGAGACCUCCAACCCAGACACAGAGCCUCUCCUCAAGGAGGAUACAGAAAAGCAAAAGGGAAAACAAGCCAUGCCUGAAAAACAUGAAAACGAAAUGUCUCAAGUGAAACAAAAAAGCAAAAAGCUCUUAAAUGUUAAGAAAGAAAUCCCAGCAGAUGUGAAACCCAGUUCUUUAGAGCUACCGUAUACUGCCCCCUUGGAAAGUAAACAGCGCCGAAAUCUCCCAACCAAGAUUCCUCUUCCAACUACAUUGACCAGUGGAUCCAAACCACGAAACUCCCAGAAAACAAAAGGUACAAGUAAGUUAGUGGAUAGCAGGCCACCUGCCCUUGCAAAGUUCCUCCCAAACAGUCAAGAACUAGGCAACACCAGCAGCUCAGAAGGCGAAAAAGACUCUCCCCCACCAGAGUGGGAUUCCGUGCCUGUUCACAAGCCCGGCAGCUCUGCAGAUAGUCUUUAUAAACUCUCUCUGCAAACCCUCAACGCAGACAUCUUCCUGAAACGACACCAGACCUCGCCGCCGCCCGCCUCCCCGUCGCCGCCCGCCGCACCCUGCCCGUUCACAGCCCGGGGAAGCUACAGCAGCAUCGUCCACGGCAGCCCGGGCAGUGACUCUAAAGCAAAGCAGCCAAGCGGGAGCAAGCACAAGCUGACCAAAGCUGCUUCCCUCCCGGGCAAGAAUGGCAACCCCACUUUCGCCGCAGUCACGGCUGGGUACGACAAGAGCCCAGGUGGGAACGGCUUUGCCAAAGUCUCUUCAAGCAAAACAGACUUCUCCAGCAGCCUUGGCAUUUCACACACUCCCGUUGACAGCGACGGCUCCGACAGCUCGGGUCUGUGGAGCCCCGUGAGCAACCCCAGCAGCCCUGACUUCACACCCCUCAACUCGUUCUCAGCCUUUGGGAAUUCUUUUAACUUAACUGGUGAAGUGUUCAGCAAGCUCGGGUUGGCGCGAUCGUGCAAUCAGGCCUCGCAGAGGAGCUGGAAUGAGCUGAGCGGCGGCCCCUCCUACCUCUGGGACUCGCCGGCCACAGAGCCCGGCCCUUCCUGGCCAGCCAGUUCCGGCUCCCCGACCCACACGGCCACGCCCAUCCUUGGCAGCACCAGCAGCCUGUGGUCGUCCACUCCGUUCAGCAGCUCCAUCUGGUCCAGCAGCCUGCACAGCACCCUGCCCUUCACCAGCCCCGCCAGCGCGUUGCCGAGCAUCGGCCUCAUGGGCCCCGAGAGCGCCCCGGCACCUCACGCGCCCUCCGCCACCAGCCCCACCGACGACCUGGGCCAGACCUACAACCCCUGGCGGAUAUGGAGCCCCACCAUCGGACGGAGGAGCUCAGACCCCUGGUCAAAUUCACACUUCCCUCACGAGAAUUGAAAUUAGGCAAAAAAAAAAGAAAAAGAAAACGGUGGUGGCCCCUUGUCUAGAUCAUGAUGUGCCCGUUUCCGAGACAUCUCGAAGGCUCUCCCGCUGUCGCUGCCCACGCCCCACCCUCCCCAUCUCGCAGGGCAGGCUUAUACCACUCGCUUCUUUCAGAUCUUUCUUGCAAUUAUGAUAAUACGAGAUUUGCUGUUGUGCUUUUAGAGAAAAGUCUGGACUCAGCCACAAACUCCAGUAAGCCCUGUACAUCUGAAAACCUUACCUGUUAUCAACUGUCCACCACCUGUCUUCCUCCCACCUCAUCUAUCUGUGUGAACACCAAUUUGAUAUUACAGCUAAGGUGACAACUCGAGUUGAUUUCAGAAGUCCUGGCAUGUGACAGUUUUAUUAAAUUACCAAGGUUGGUUUUUUAAUAAUUUCACAAUAUUACAUGCCAAGAUCUAAUUUUAAAAACGUAUGAGGACUUUGUGCUGAAAAAUACAGAGUAUUUUUUUAAAAUAAGGCUGUCUCGGUUUAAAAGCAGAUUACAGAAAUGUUAAGUCAACUUUAAGAACAGUGAAUGAAUGUUAAAGCAUUCGGUUGAGACCAUAUGCAUUUUCUGUGCUGUUUGUACUUGAGGUAUGUAACAUUUGUAUACCUGAAUUUAUUUUCAAGAUAAACUGAAAUGCACAUCGCCAAGUCUUGAGAUACAAGAUUGAAGGUGUAUUUCUUAAAAAUACAACUUUAUGUUGUACUUUGAAAUAAAUGAUGCUUUUUUCAAAA